GUAGAAAGAAACGUUAUUUACCAAUUUCGUUUCGUUCCGUUCGCUUGAUAAAAUUGAAAGAACUUGCUUUGCUUGUUUUAAUGUAAAGAUUUGAGUGCAGUUUUUAGAUUUUAUUUUCAUAAUCUUUGAAUGGUUUUAUCUAAUUUCUUAUGUGUGCUAAAAUGUUAGGUGUGUCAAAAUUAAGUUAGUGUAAAUUAAAUAAACUUUUCUUUCAUUAUUGUGCUGCUGGCAUACAUUUUUAUUCAGCUCGGUCGUUACAAAAUAUUGCAAAAUGACUUCAGCUCUUUAUCUUGAACAUUAUUUGGACAGUCUGCAGCAUUUGCCCAUAGAAUUGCAGAGGAAUUUUAAGCUGAUGCGGGACCUCGACGACAGAGCGCACGGCCUAAUGAAGACAAUCGAUCUUAUGGCCGAUGAUUUGUUACCGAAUAUAUCUAAAAUGGACGAAGAAACGAAAAAGGAAAAGGUCAACACUAUUCAGGGAUUGUUCAACAAGGCGAAGGAGUACGGGGACGACAAGGUACAACUCGCAAUACAAACUUACGAGCUCGUGGACAAACACAUACGUCGCCUAGAUUCUGACCUCGCGCGAUUUGAAUCCGAAAUUCAAGAGAAAGUAAUGAGUUCCCGCGCAGCGCAGCAGGCGGCCGCUGACCAAGAGACCAACCCCACCACCGUUAAAAAGGGAAGAAAGAAACUUAAAGGCACGGAGAAGGCGGCAACGACGACAGGUAAGAAAAAGCGUACAGGUGCGUCGAGCGAGGAGGAGGCCGUCGCGAGCGGUAGGUCCGCAGCGAAGAAGAAGGCGCAACGCAAGGGUACCACCACCGCUGCCGCGACAGUCAAAGAGCAGGAAGAGAACGCCGACCUGGACUCGGUCGGCGGCAUGGCACACCCCAGCGACGUGCUGGACAUGCCCGUAGACCCCAACGAGCCCACCUACUGCCUUUGCCACCAAGUGUCCUACGGAGAAAUGAUAGGCUGUGAUAACCUCGACUGCCCUAUCGAGUGGUUCCACUUUGCAUGUGUAGAUCUUAAGAUAAAGCCCAAGGGCAAAUGGUACUGCCCCAAGUGCACUCAGGACAGAAAAAAGAAAUGAUCCACAAUUAAACCCUCGGCCAAACCCACAGAAAAGACUGUAACAGUUAAGAAAGAAACAAAGUGAUUAUAUUAGGCUUUAAGAAUAGUAUCUAAUAUAACAUAUUGUUUUCUAUUGAAAUAUAUUAUAUUGAUUGAUGUAGGAAUAAUUUAUUUUUAGCAUAAACUGUUUGAUGGAAGUAAAUGAGAAUAAUUAUUACAAUUAUGCAAGAAUUCUGCCUUUAUAACACCAGUAUGGUAUAUACAUUUAGAGCGCAAUAGUGUAGCAUUGCCUUUUUUAAUAUAAAUCAGACCUUAUUGAUUAUAAUAAUGCACAAUUAUUAAAUUUUGUAUAUUUGUACAUAAAAAUACAUUAGUCUACAAUAUUGCAAUCAAUAUAGUUUUACAUAGUGAAUGAAUAAUAUUGCUUAAAAUGCCUUAAUAUUGUAUACCUAUUUUUUUAUUGUUGCAACAUAAUAUUAUGUUACCCAAGCCUUAAUAAUGCAAUAAACUUAAGCAACUAUAAAAAAAUAGAUAUAACCAUUUUAUAUCAAUUCUAAAUUACAUUGUAUUUGAAAAUAGGGACUAUUUGUUGCAAUGGAAUUGAUGCAUAAUAAUUUCAUGAUAACAAUUAUUUAUUGUAAAUAGUAUAAUUGUUAUGUACUUUAAUAGAAAUUUCACUAUUAAUAAGAUAAAAUAGUUUCAUCUUAUUAGUUAUGUUUUAUAUGGUAAGUAUGAUUUAUUUCAUAAUUUAUACCUUUAAAUAUUAGAAUUGAGUUCGAUGAAUUGUUUUUAUUUUUAACACACUUUUAUCAAGUAAAUCAGAUGAAAAAUGUAAUCUCGACGUUUUAUGAUUUUAUAAAUAAUGGUUCUAUACUGGACCAUAUGUGCAUGGCCUAUAAUAGUAGGUCUUUAGCCUUUGAAGGCCUCGCACAAAGGAAAGUGUUCAGGCAUUCUGUGUUCUGUGCAACAUUUGUAACUUUUUAAACCAGCCCAGAUUUCAGGCUGUCAGACCAGGCUGCUUGCUAACUACAAGAUGCUUUAAUGUUACAUACAUUAUAGAGAAUGCAGCAUUCUGACUUCGUGAAUGUUUUCUGUAUGCAUGGGGUCUUACCAAAGUAUCUUGAACUUGUUUAAAUAUGAUAUUUAAUAAUAUAAAGUCCAGCUGUUAAUUUCUUCCUACAAUGUCAUCACAACAGUUUAGUAUUAUCCAAAAGUAAGAAUAAAUAAUUCAAUUUAAUAAUUUUCUGUAUCAGUAUGGAUAAUGUUAUGAUAUAAUCUUCCUUAAUAUUCAUUAUAUAACUUAAUAGGACACAGUCUAAAAAAGAACCAUAGAAAAUUGACGCUUGGCACUUAAUAUGUUUGUUCUAUUUAUAUUAGUCGGAGUACCUAUAUCAAAAUUGUCUACAUUUGGAAGUAUUUUUAAAUAUUGCAUACUUUAAGCUAAUUUUAAAAUUAUUAAAUAAUGUCAUAUUGUAUUAAGUCUAAAUAUGUCUCAAGUAUGGUAUGGCUGUUACUUUUGUAUGUAUAACAAGCAAUCUGAACAUAAAGACAUUUGUGUAUUUUAUUAUUAUUUUAAGUUAUAUAAUCAUCAUUCAAUCAAUUAUAUAAGUUGAUAUUAAAUGUUUUUAUCAUAUUUCUUAUUUUUAUGUAGGUAAAAAUACCAUUUCUUUGGUUUAGUUACCAAAAUUAAAUUAUUCAUAAUUUUCAUUAUUAUUAAAAUAACUCAUAAUAAAUCACAUGAAGUAGAGUGAAAGUUCUUUAUUUAAUUAGUUAACAUUAUUAUUAAAUUAACUUUUCCUAGUACUUAUUAGAGAGUUAUUAGUAUUACUUCUAGAAUUUACAAAUAUAUUGAUCGAUUUUUUAAACAUAUUUAUGACAAAUCAUACAGUAUUUAGAUGUUUGAAUUACAGACUUAUGAGUUUUCACUUUUUAUUGCCAAUUUUAUUAAUAAUUAUUAUAUUUAAAACCAAACAAGGUUUAAAUUCUUCACACAAAUCAUCUAAAUAUUAAUUUUGUUUAAUUAUAAAAUUGGACACCAACUAAUAAAUAAUGUUAUAUUUAGAUAAGUAUACAAUUGACUAUAAUUGUUAUUUUUUAUUAAAUAUGAAUGAAUGAA